GCCAAUCAGCUUCUUCGGUAAACAAGUCACGGAGCUUUGCAAGAUAGCAACGGGUUGAAGGCCUCCCUAAUAACUUUUGUCCUUUUAGAUACAUUUAUCGUCUCGUCAUGCUUGCCAAGAGGAAGGUAACGGAAGAAGGGGACGCAACGGCGAAGAAGCGAAAGCACAAAGCCAUAACCAUGCUUGAAAAGGUGGAAUUAUUGCAGAAGUUAGAGAGCGGGACCCCAGUCAGGACUCUGUGCGAGUUAUAUGGCAUCAGCUCCUCCACUGUGUACGACCUGAAGAAGCAGAAGGAGCAGAUCUUCAGCUACUUCUCCGACAGCAUCAGCCAGAAGAGCCUGGAGAAGCGGAAGAGCCUUAGGAAGGGCAAGAGCACGGAGCUGGACUCGACGCUCCUGCAGUGGUUCAGGCAGAGGCGGGGCGAAGGCGUGAGCAUUUCGGGGGAGAUGCUGAUCGCACGGGCCAAGGCGCUGCACAGGGAGCUCAAUCUGGACUAUCACUGCGAGUAUUCCCAAGGCUGGCUGCACAGAUUUAAAGACAGGUAUGGGUUUUCACUGCAUAGCGGGUCUGGGGAGGUCGUGCCUGACGGAAUGGAAGCUUCUGCUGUGGAGGACCCAAGUGCGGCGGAUGAGGAUGAAAAGAUGUUACCUGGACGAAUUGGCAAUACGGAGGGAAUUCCUGGCCAAGACGAUGGAGCGUUCGUAGGAGGAGAGAUCAGUUGUGCUACACUCUCUUCAGUGGAGGAAUCAUCAACCAUACCAGAAACUACUGAAGAAGGUGUGUCGUUUGCAUCAUAUGAGCACCAUUCGUCAAUCUUGAAGACUCUCUACGAUGACUCGACAUUUGCUGAUGUGACGUUGACAGCCGAGGGUCAUGUAAUCAGGGCACAUAAGGCAGUGUUGUCAGCCAUGAGUCCGUACUUCAGAGAAGUGUUGCAAGCCAAUCCGUGCCAGCACCCUAUCAUCAUCAUGCCUCUUGAUGUGCAGUAUGAGAAUCUUCAGAGGAUCAUAAGUUACAUUUAUAAUGGUCAAAUCACGUUACAGUCGGAGAAUCUAGCAUCUCUCCUAAAAACGGCAAAAGCUUUACAGAUAUCCGGCUUAGCCAGAGUAGAUAUCAUAGAUGUGAGAAAUGAAGAUGCAGAAGCUCCCUUCUUCAAGACUGUGAAAAUACAGUCAAAAAUGGAACAUCCAAAUAGGUCUGGGGUCGGUAGCAGAUCCAGCACGGCCACUAACAAGAGGAAAAAGGCCAGCCAUACUUCUACGGUAUCAGAACCAUCCAUUGUCUCCAAGGAACCUUUGGAUAAGAGAGAAAGAAGUGAAGAUUUUGUAAAGAAGAAGAGGCCUGUGAAUGAUACUUUUGCUGAGAGGGAGAUCACAAUACCGAUUCAUAUUCAAAACAAAUCUUCAAGAUUGAGAGAGAGUAGUGACAACUUGGUUUUCCAAAUCAUUCCAAGCAGCAACUUGAGUUCAGAAAAUAAUGCGUGUGAAAAACAGAAAGAGGAACUGGAGGAACUGCAAGAAUUAUUUGACUCGGAGGACAACAGCCUUUUACAAGCUGAAAGACAUAGUGCGCAAGAGAAUUUAACAGAGAUAGUUUAUGUAAAAGAAGAACCUCUUUUUUAAGGAAUAUUUAAUUAUAUUUUUUAUGUACAUUAUAAAUUGAUAGAUGGUCUAUUUUUUUAUUACAGGUUGACAUUCAAAAAGCCGGCACUCCUCAGGUCUGGAUGUUCCCAGAUUUUUGAGUGUCAGCCUUUAUAUGAAAUAUGUUUGCAAUAUUUAGCACAUAAAUUUACAGUUUUCUGUAAAGUCUCUAAAUGUGCUAUAGAGUUUUCAUUCUAUAUAUAUUUCCUGUUAUAUAAAAUCACAUUUGUUA